CGCGCGCAGAGCCACCCGCAGCUUCCCGGCUGCCGCCGUCGGAGGCGCACAGAACUGGUUUCCAAGGUCUGCGGCGUCACCGGCGCCGCGGGAGCGCUGGUCAUGAGGACCCUGUGGCUGGCGCUGUGCGCGCUGGCGCGGCUGUGGCCCGGCGCCCUGGCAGGCUGCACUGAGGCUGGGCGCUGCUGCCCCGGCCGGGACGCCUCCUGCUUUGCCCGAGGCUGGAGGCUGGACAGGGUCUACGGGACGUGCUUCUGUGACCAAGCCUGCCUCCUCACCGGGGACUGCUGCUUCGACUACACCAGGGCGUGUCCAGCUCGCCCGUGCAUCGUGGGGGAGUGGAGCCCCUGGAGCGGCUGUGCAGCCCAGUGCAAGCCCAUGGCCCGCGUGCGGAGGCGCCUGGUGCAGCAGGAGCCGCGGAACGGCGGGGCGCCCUGCCCGGCCCUGGAAGAGAGAGCCGGCUGCCUGGAGUACACGACGCCGCAGGGCCAGGCCUGCGGGCACGCCUUCGUCCCGGCCUUUAUAACUACCUCCGCAUUCAACAAGGAGAGAACAAGACACGCUGCCUCCCCACAGUGGUCAACAGUCACGGAGGAUACCGGAUACUGUAUGGAGUUCAAGACCGAGUCAUUGACUCAUCACUGUGCACUGGAAAACCGACCCCUGACUCGCUGGAUGCAGUACCUCCGAGAGGGGUACACGGUGUGUGUCGAUUGUCAGCCUCCAGCUAUGAACUCUGUGAGCCUUCGCUGUUCCGGAGAUGGCCUGGACUCUGACGGGAAUCAAACUCUCCAUUGGCAAGCAAUUGGCAAUCCUCGAUGUCAAGGGACUUGGAAAAAAGUUCGGCGAGUAGACCAGUGUUCUUGUCCAGCUGUUCACAGUUUCAUUUUCAUAUAGAUUGCGAGGUAAAUAUUUCAAAAUGUGUUUGUAAACAGGCUAAAUGUUACCAAGUCAUGUUCAAUGCUUCAGAAACCUUCCAAACCUGUUUGGCUGAGUUCCUGAACACGUCAUUGCCACACUCUGAAGUGGAGAAAGAAAAUUUAGGGUCUGGUUCUCAAGAAACAGAGCACCUUUAUUUUUAUUUUUACUGAGUUGAGAACCCACCCUUAAGACUCCUGUGGUUUUGUGUUCUGACCUUCCAUAUAGAAUCCUCUCAUUCAACUGGUGUCUGUUUGCACCACAAUUACUACAACAUGGUGCAUUUAUUGGUGAAUAAGUUGUCAUGUAAGGGUAUCCACACUUUGAAUCUUGCAUUUUUUUCUUGCUAUUCUGUAACCUUCAGAACUUCUUGCUUGAAGGAUGUGUGCAGAUAUAUGUACACUUUCACACAUACCUUCCCCAUAGAUUAGUGCACAAAUUCUGAAAUAAUUAAUUUCAAGCAAAUUGUCACAAAUAACUUUCCACAGGACAAGUUGUUUAAGAUUUAGUAAGCAUUUUGUAAUAAAAAACUCAACAGCUAUGCUAAUAAUAUUUUUUUGCAAGUAUUCAGUUAAUUGAAAAGAGCAAAUGUUCAUUCAAGGCCAAUGAGUCCCUUUAAAUGUUAUACUUUCCAUGAAGACAAAUUUUGGCAGCCAUGAAUGGAAGAAUUGCUUUAAUUAUGAAAAUUCUACCAGCAUUAGCAUCUAAGAUUAUUUCCAAGGCUGAAGCCUGGAGCUGACUAAAAUAAUCUUUUGGAGUCCGAUGUUAAGUUUAGUUGAAGUAAACUUACUGCUUUUUUCUAGAGCAUACAUUUCCUUGUUUGGGGUAGAAGGCAAAAGCAUAGAUUACAGAAGGUAGAAAUUUUAUUACAAAUGCUAUGAUCUCACACACAUACACGCAGAGAAGUAUUAGUCUCCUUAUUUUUAUGAUUGGAAAAUCAGUGAACCGGAGACAAAGUGGCUUGUUUAAGGAUCUGGGAUGACAAGUCAUUCUGUAAGGCAGCCAUAGAGCCAAUUUCGGCUUCUCAUCCAGAACUCAGCUUCAGUGAAAAGCUUGACUAUGCGUAAAACUGUGCUGUAAAAGCUAAGCCCUUUGCAUUUUUUGAAAUAAAUUUUAAAUUCAAGAUAGUUUCUUUGGAGAAUUGAAUCUUAAUAUUUAAACUAUAUGAAAUUCCCUCAGUUUCAUUUGUAUAAAAUAUUAUUCACUAACAAAUGAUUUACUACAAUAUAUAUUUCUCAGUACUUAUGUUAAUGACAGGACAAUAGCAAGCUUCAUAGGGAUGGAAAAGUCCCCCAAUAUUUAAUGCUGAGAGUAGCAACAUUUGUGACCAUAUAUAUAUUCAUUUAACUGUCAAGAGUUGUUUUUAUGGUAAAUUAAACUCUUCAGAAAUUAAUAAAUAAAAAAUUUGAGUCUCAUCAAAGUUAAGAACUUCAAUUAAUAGUUCAGCAUUAACAUUUGAAGACCAUUUCUGAUGUUUGUAAAUCAAGAGUUUUGAAACUAUACCUGGGGAAUUUUCAAUGUGACUUAAAAUUUUUAUACUAGUAAAUAAACUUUCUGUACACAUUUUAAAAAGCUUUUUACUUGUUUGACUAGAAAAUACCCAAAUGUUCUGGAUUGAUCAAAUAAACAAAAUCUCACCAAAAUAGAACGAAACAAAAAAACCCCUUCAGAAUUGACUAACAGCAAUAAAACUAUGAUGCAGUUAUGGUUCCAAUAUGUUAAAACAUUUAACAUAUUUCAGUUGCAUAAAAUCAAUUUUUCACUGUAUGCAUUUAUUUUUAGUGCCUGGCCAUUAAUUAGUUUCAUAUUGAAGUCAAUUUUUGGAAUUUCUAUUUUUGAGAAGAAUUUCAUAGGCUGGCUGACUUACCUAUUAGAUAACGGUUUUGAGAUGCUUGUUAUUAAUUCUAGGAAAGCCCAAGGAAACAGUUCAGAACUGAAAGAUGUAGUCCCAGUGAUUAAUGAAGAACCAAAAGUUUUUAUUUUCAAAGUUAAAUAUCAAAGUAUUUAAUUCUCUUUUAAUAAGCACCUUCGAGCUAGGGUCCUUUUCACAUGCACUAUAUGCAAUGAGUGACGGACCUUAGAAUUACUUAAUCGACCGACUUUUAAAAGUGCAUGUGGAAAGUAAUUAGAACAAAAAUAAAUACACCCACUCAGGAGAGAAGGGGAAAGAAAUUAGGGAUGGUGCUCAUUUAGAAAAGUGAAAAAAAAAAAGUAGAAAAAGGAACAAGAACUAUAAUCACGCUAUUUUUUUGUAGGUUCUUUCUUGGGAUGUUUUUAUCCAAGAAUGUUGAAAGCAAUAAUUUGUUGUUUACUUCUGUCAUAAAAUUUUUAGUUAGCUGUCUUUUCUAGGUAUACACAAAAAUGAGGCAAAAUAAAUCUGGUUCUGCCUUCUAAGAAUAUUCUAGUGAAAGUUCAUAUAUAUGACUGCAAGCUAAUGUAGAAAGCAAAGCCUUGAGGUAGAAGCACAUCAGAUGAAGAGCAUAUUGAGAGAAAAGGGAAAUUUCUUUUAAUAUCAAGGUGACAUGGACACGUUAACACUCUUUCCUUCCCACUGAGGUUGCAGGAUUUACAAAAGAGAAUAGGUUCAUAACAGAUGAGAAGGGGGAAGGGUGGAAAUCAGCCCCGAGAUUUUGAAGAACUUUUUUGAAGACUGAAAGAAAAUAGGAUUCCACUGAUGGAUAAACCAGAAUGGAGGGACCAUACCUUUUAAAAUAUGUAGAAAAGAAGGUGGAAUCAGAGGUGGCAGCCAUUCUUCCUGUGGUGGGGAGGUCCCACUAAGCACCAAACAACGAAUUUUUUUAAAAACCCCCAUCCUGGGAGACAAAUUCGUGAAAUUUAAAACCUAGAACUCAAAGGCAAGGGCCAGCAGACCACAGGCUAAAUUUUGCUGGUCGUCUGUUUUUGUAAAUCUAGUUUUAUUGGAACAUAGUCACACCCAGUCAUUCAUAUAUUUGUGUCUAUGACUAAUUUCGAGCAGAGCUGACAGAGACCGAAUGGCCCACAAGGUCUAAAAUACUGUAUCUGGUCCUUUACAGAAAGUUUAUCCACCCUCUGGCUUAGACCAUUAUUACCUUUAAUGUUAAUUACUGACGUGGUUGGAUUCAGGUGUACCAUUGUUUUUUUCUGUUUAUCCUUACGGUUUUAUUUGCUUCUGUUUCCCUUUCCCCCACCUUUUGCUUUCUUUUGGAUUAUUUGAAUAAUUUUUAAUAGCGAUUGGCUCUGUAUCUGUAUUCUUUUAAACGGGUGCUCUAGGGGUUUUAAUAUCAUCCCUAACUUUGCAGUUUAUUUGAGUUAUUAGUCUUAGUGUCACACUGUAUUAAAUGGGCAAAGUCUUGCAGCCAUUGACUGGAAACAACUCUGAGAGCCUGAAUACAAACCCACAACGGACAGACCUUGUAUGACAAACUGACCCACGAGCUCUGCAGCAAGCGUGGAGGACGCCGAGGUAAACUACAGCAAUGCCCCCAGAAUGGCAGGACAUGGUUGAUGGCUGCCAACAUCCUUGCAACUCAGAACCAAUUAGAGAAAGCCAAAACAAGCACACAAGAUGCCUGCUGCUGGCUGGCCAGCUCCCAGCUUCCUCAUGCCAAAACCUCCAGCCAGAGCUGGCCUGAGCCUUCUCUGGUUUUCACUCCAAAGCUUUCCCACUAUAAAUCUCUGCCCAUCGCUCGUGAUGGACCCCCUGGCUACAGCAAGCUCUGAGUAAACAGCCUGUUUGUUCUCAUUUCUGAGCGGUCAUCAUUUAUUCCCACAACUCAAAUGCCCAAUGGCAUAAUAGGUAAAUAAUUGUGAUAUAAUCACACAACACAUUACUGUAUAGAAAUAACAAUGAACAAGCUACAGUUACAUAUGACAUAUGCUGAGUGAAAGAAAAAAAUAGCAAAGAAUAGAGAGAGUAUUGAAUUUCCUUAAAUGCCUCAAGUCACAAAAACAGGACAUUCUCACAGCCUGUGCAGACUGGCUCUGAGGUGGGGUACGCCAAUGCCUAGCCAGCCACCUACAACGCGGCCUUAGCCUUCACCCCCGGCACGUGUGCUGCCCAGAGAGCGUUCAAAGAUGGAGGCGUUGGGCCUCCAGGUCUUUUCUGAGACGGUCCAGUUCUGGGCACGUGCACAGCCUUCUAGUGCCCUGAUUUUCUUGAGUUCUUCAAAACCCUUCCUUACCCCAUGUAGCUUCCUCCCCAGGACUUCUGGUCUGUCUGCAGCUUGUAGGCCCUGUUUUUAAAGCCCAGAGAGUUCAGAAGGGGCAAAACAAAGGCCAACCUCUGAAUUAAGCCGUCAGGGAACUGCCAGACAGGUCAACACACACAACCACAAUUCUGGGAGUACAGGUCUGCGUUGACCCCUCUGGCCCCAUCAAGCUGCACCAAAUAACGGGCUGCUGUCCUCACAAGUGGAGUAAGCAAAGACACCAAAUCACCUUACCAAAAUGAAAGAGUGGUGGUUGCCAGGGGUUGGAGGAAUGAUGUAAGAGAUGCGGCAACGGGAGGGGUCUGGCGCUGGAACUGUUCAGUAUCUUGCCUGAGGUGGGAGGUACAGACACCUACACAAAAGAUGUAUUAUUUAGAACUACUGCGUUUUCCCGGAAGUAAGACCUAGCCGGGCCAUCAGCUCUAAUCUGU